GGCGGCAGUGUGACGAGUCAGCGAAGCAAGACGGCAUGCUUAGCGCUCACAGGAUGCAGGUGUGAUGGCUAUGUGCUGCACGAGGCGGGCCCGAAUGGGAGACCCUGCUCUUACUUCGAAGGUGCUCUCCUGUUUGUGUUUCACAGCCUUUGCGUGGGCAGCUGACACUAGAUUCUGGAGGAGGAAAACGAGAAUCGGAACUCUGAAAGGCGUCCAGAAGUAGGCCUCCACGGCGCAAAGACAAACACGAGAACUUAAUAGCAGAGUGCGCGCAUACAUGUGAGGUCGCGAAGUGGGUGCAAUAGGACCUCUCAGAUAAGAGCUGGGAACCGACGGCCGAGAUGGCGAGACUUCCGCCCAUCUUCUUCACAUACGAAUGGCGCAUACCGAAGCUCAUGGCUGCGCUGCUUAUCCUCGAGUUCCCAUUGACCGUCGCUUGUCUGGCGCUCUAUGGUAUCGCGGAUCCCAACACCUACCGCACCAAGCUGUGGCAGAAUGGCGCGGAUCAAGGCUUCAAUAGUGCACCGAGCGUGAUUCUGUACAGCUAUGCAAAUUACAAGCCGAUCGCGACGCCGAUGGUUUGGAGCUCAUAUAUGGUGCAGUUCAACAUUGCGAUCUCGGUGCUGUCGAUGUUCCUGCUGCUCAUCAAGAGCACCAUGUUCGUCUUGCACUCCUUCAUCCCGAUAUUUGGAGUACUAGUCUCAGUACUUGAGCUCGCACUGUAUGCGACGAGCAUCAAGCAUCAGUCGACACCAGACCUGAGCGAUCCGCAACAUCCGUCUCCGGGCUUACCUUGGUAUUUGAGCAAAGGCUGCAAAUAUGCGACGCCCGCAAAUUACGGCUUCUGCAUGCAAGCGCGAGCGGUGUUUGCUGUGACUUGUGUCAUGACUGCUCUCUUCGCCAUGUACCUGAUAUGGUCAAUAGUGUCAAUGUGGCCAACUCCGGCUGAGAAGGCCGAGCGGGCGACGCAGCGAGAAGCUGACAUCGAGAUGAAGAAAGUGACAGAGUACAGUCCAGACUCUGAGCUCUCACGCGAGGAGGUCUGGGAACGGAACAGGCAGAUGUUCCUCAACCUGCCCAAGACGCCAAAUACCCCAGGUUUUGGCCUCAAGAAUCCGAUGACGCCGAGGACGGUUGCUUUCACGCAAUUGACUGGCGGCGAGAAUCCGGGUGUAGGGUCAAGUAGACGGCCAGUCGGCGGUCCUUCGGGAGGGUUGAAGUUCAGGGAGCAGUAUGGCGAUGGCAGAUUGCCGGAUGCCAGAUGAAUGUCCUAAGCAUGUUUGUACAGAUAGAACAAAAUAUCACGGCUUCUGUAAUGACUCUGUUUUUGGCCCAA